CACACCGACAGGAACUUUUACAGCGCGCUCCGCAGUGCGGAGGGGCUCGAGAUCAGCCGAUCGAAGGAACACACACGUGCGCGCGCAAAGACGGGUCUGGAAGUGGAGAACCUCAGCAAGAGCAUCGAAAUAACUUCAGUGUGGAGUUGGGACAGAGUGUGUGUGUGUGUGUGUGACGAUGGUCCGCAGCAUCGGAUCGCGAAUUCCCAAGAUGCACCUGCCCGGCCAAGCAGCUCUUCUUUCGUCACUGCUGUUGAUUCAAGUGCGGUCCUGUGUCUCCGUUCAGGAGAUUCACGCCAGUCAGGAGAUGAUCGUGAAGAUCGACUCAGCAGGAGAGUCCAUGCGGUGCUCUGCCCCCUUUGACCUCCUCCUCCUCCUGGAUGGCUCUCACAGUGUGGGCAAAGGGAGCUUCGAGCGCUGCAAACACUUUGCCCAGAAGCUAGUCCGUGCGCUGGACGUAGGUCCUAACAAGGUGAGGGUCGGGGCCGUGCAGUUCGGAUCCUCGCCCCGGUUGGAGUUCCCUCUGGAUUCUCACCUGACCGAAGAAGAGCUCGUUAGGCGCUUGAAGAAGAUAUCCUACAGAGGUGGCAGCACUCAGACGGGCCUGGCGCUGAAGUAUGUCCUGCGGAAAGGGUUCCCCGGGGGGCGCGACGGCGCAGCCCCCCGCGUUCUCGUCCUCCUUUCCGACGGCAGAUCGCAGGGCGACCCUGAGCCCCCUGCCUUGCGGCUGAAGCGGGAUGGAGUCGCCGUGUUUGCCGUGGGGGUCCGCUAUCCCAGGUGGGAGGAGCUUCACGCCCUCGCCAGUACGCCCAGAGAGCAGCACGUGCUGUUUGCCGAACACUUCGCCGACGCCGUCAACGGCCUCCUCAGCACCCUGAGCGCCUCCGGCGUCUGUGCCGCAGCGCCGCCAGGCUGCCGGGCGGAGACCUUCCCUUGCGUGCAGAAAACCCUGGAGACGGUUAAGGAGCUGCAGGGCAACUUUAUGUGCUGGAAAGGGUCCAAGGGCUACUUACCUUCCGCCUCCCUCUGCCCGUACUACAGGUGGAACAGGGUGUAUAAGAAACACCAGACGACUUGCCACAGAACCGUCUGUUCAGAACCCUGCGAUUCCACCCCCUGCCAGAACGGGGGCACCUGCGUGUCCGAGGGGCCGGAGACGUUCCGGUGCUUGUGCCCCCCGGGGUACGGCGACAACCCCACCUGCGACCCCCAGCUGACCCUGGAGUGUACCGUGGACCUCUUGUUCCUUGUGGAUGGCUCCUCCAGUCUUGGCCUCGAGGGCUUCCUGCACUUCAAGUCCUUCCUCAAGCGCUUUCUUCAGGUGGCGCUGGGGGGCGACACCCCGGUAAAUGUGGGCGUGGCCCAGUACAGCAGCCAGGUGACGAUGGAGGCGAAGGUGGGCGAGUACCGCAGCGUGGACGAGCUGCUGCGGGCGGUGGAGGCCACGGCCUACGGACGCGGCGGCGGCGGCGACCCUCACACGGGUGCGGCGCUGCAGUACGUCACGCGGCACGGGUUCACGAGCCGUCCCGUGUUCGCCGACGUGCAGGACGACCUGCCCCGGGUCGUGGUGCUGCUCUCGGGCUCCCCGUCCGCCGACCCCGUGGACGAGCCGGCCAGGUACGCUCGAGACCGCGAGAUCUUCCUCGUGGCGGUGGGACCCGAGGCGCUGAAGGCCCAGCUGAGCAACAUCACGGGGAACCUGCACCGAACCGUGACCUACAGCGCCCCCGGUGGCCUGGAGGCAAAGAUUCCUGAGCUACGAACCAAGAUUUGCAGCGUAGACAACCAAGGCUGCCCAGGUCAGGCUCUCGACCUGGUCAUGGUUCUGGAUGCAUCGGCCGCUGUGGGACGGGACAACUUCGCACGCCUGCGGGACUUUGUGAGGAGCGUCUCUGUGCAGUUUGACAUCAACCGCGAUGUGGCCCAGAUCGGCCUGGUGGCGUACGGCCGCAUGCCUGUGACGGCGUUUGACCUGGACACCCACGCCUCGGGGGCGGCGGUGCUGCGAGCUGUGGGAGAUGUGCCGUACCUGGGCGGGGCUUCGUCCACAGGCAGCGCCCUGCUGCACGUCCACAGUGAGACCCUCACCGUGUCCCGAGGAGCGCGGCCCGGCGUCAACAAGGCCGUCGUGGUCGUCACGGAUGGGGCCGGAGCCGAAGACGCUCUGGUUCCGGCACAGAAGAUACGGGACAACGGCGUUUCCAUCUUCGUCGUCGGCAUUGGGGACGUCCAGAGGGACAGUCUGCUGCGCAUCGCUGGCUCCGUGGGCCGCAUGGUGUCCGUGGCGUCCUACGAGGACCUGCAGUACUUCGAUGAGGAGCUCGUGCAGAUGUUGUGUGCAGAUGCCAAGCGACCCGUGGAUCUGUGCAGGCCCAACCCAUGCAUGAAUGACGGGAUCUGCAUCCUCCUGCGGGGCAGCUACCACUGCGAGUGCCGGGGCUGGGAGGGGCCGCACUGCGAGUACCGUGAGUUCCCUGCUCAGCGACCCCCACCUGCUGGCGCCCGAUGCUCAGUGCUGGAGUUACACACGCGGUGCUGGUGUGCGUUCGCAGGUUCUGCUCGGCCUCCGACCCGAGGUGACCUCCCGCGGCCCGCGAGCCUCAGACGCUCCCAGUGGAAGAGCCAUAAAGAGCUGCGGAUGCAGCGCAGAGCCGCGCGCCACCGAGGACACGCGCACGCCGCGCACGCUGACACACACCGUUAAUGAUACACACUCCUGUCACACGCAGACGCAGGGACACACCCUAAGAAAAUCCAAACGUUUCCGAAUAAGGUCUGAGUCUGACGUCCCCUUGGCAGUGACACUUUGACACCCUGGACACACCGGUCCCACCGGACUGCCAUGACCGCAGACCCCUGGUGGACUCAGGACUCCGAACCCAAACCUUCCUAUUGUGAUUUAACACACUUUAGCUCCUCUCAGGCCUCUGCGUCCAAUGUGGACAGCACGUCUCGUCCCACUGCGGAGAGACCCAUCCCGCCGCUCCGGCUCCUUCUCUUUGAGACACACCUGUUCCACAGUCUCACGAUCGUCCCUCAGUCGUCCUGCUUAUGGAGGGCAUCUCCCUGUCAACUCGGAGACACACAGGGAUCGUUUGGUGCUGCUAAAUAUUUAUUGUUAUGCUUAAUCACUGUAACACUGUACACUGUAUCAUAAAAACAGUAAAAAUACCUUGUUUUAUACACCGCUUGGUUUUCAUUUUAGGCCACGUGUUUGCUCCCUGUAAUGGAAUUGGAACGCCCUUUCUAUUACAUUCCGUUAAAGAAUUUACUAGGGCCUUCAGUGAUUGACCGCUGCCCUGUGUGUGUGUGUGUGUGU